CUUUGAAUCGAUUGUUGAUAUUUCCCCUCCUCCGCUGGAAUUUAAAUGUCAUCAGCCACCUCGGGUACUUUGGACGGGGUAUUCGCCAGUUUAACAGCUUCGAAACACAGAGGUACUGUACUAUACGAGUAUAUUUUAUAAGAAAAACUCAAACACGAUGAAGAAAAUAUUGGUUUCCCUCAUGUUUUUACCGCUGAUGAUCGUAAUUAUUUCGAGUUUUGGUUCUGCUGAUAAUCCGUACGAUGUGCUCGGAGUAAACAGACACGCGAGCAACCAAGACAUCAGGAAGGCUUAUAAGUACCUGGUGAAGAUGUGGCACCCUGACAAGAACAAAGAUCCUGCUGCUGUGUUUAGAUUUACCAAAAUCAACGAGGCGUACCAAACGUUAGGCCAUCCGGAACGGCGGUCGAUCUACGACCAACACGGUUACGUAGCAUCUCAUGACAAUCACAUACAAAGGAACUACGCCAGGUAUCAGAAACCGGGGCCACCUGGAUCUCGGGUGUUCAAUUUUGGAGCUGAAUCGAUUAUCGAUAAACACAUGAUAACCCACGAGUUCUAUGAUGUCCGAAUUCUUCCAGAAAGCUAUCGAAGACCUUAUUUUCUUUAUGCAUAUGGUGACACUUGCCACAUCUGUCGACAUAUCGAGCCUUUGAUCGAAAAAUUUAUCAAAGACCAAGAACAACUUGGAAUUGGAGUAGGAACCAUCCAUGUGACAUCGAACCGUGUGCUGGGCAGUAAUUUGCGUAUCCAUGAAAUUCCUCAGAUCAUGGCUAUUGUCAAUGGUCGGGUAACUUACUUUAAGGGCCACGUUACCAAACAAGCACUUCGCGACUUUGUUCGAAAUCUGUUUGAACCUCCGAAAACCUUGAAAACACUGAGCGAUAAUAACUUCAAAGAUUUCCUGCUCGGGUGGUCUGAUAACCGAAUGAGAGCCUUAUUUUUCGCCCCGAAAGAGAAACCGCCGUUGAGGUUCUUAAUGUCGGCUUUCGCCCACCGUGAGAAAAUCGCAUCCGGUUAUGUCAACACCCGAAGCUCUAAUGUUUUAGGAAUACUGGAUCGUUUUAAUGUAAACAAGGCUAAAGAAAGUCUUUUGAUGGUUGGUGAAGACAGUAACACGAGUGUUGCAAUUGUCACGAUGAAUACUUUGUCUUCGGACAGCAUCAACGAAGUGAUGGAUGCUAACCAAUACCUCACUUUACCUCGCCUCUCGUCGCAAAUAUUCUUUGAUGAAUUGUGUCCCAUUGAGAUCAGACCCAAACGUCGAAAACUGUGUGUGAUUCUAGUCAGCAAGAAGACCGACGAACAUAACAGGUACCGUUCACAGUUUCGAAACUACGUCGAGCGGGCUCCGACUUUCGAAAACAAGGUGAAAUUCAUGUACCUCUACGAAGAAACACAGCGCCGUUUCGUCAGCGCCCUCAUGGAUGGGAACCAAACGCAUUCAAACCCUUCGACACUGAAGCUGGCCAUUCUGUGGCGCAUGGACAAACACCACAUGAACUAUGAAUGGGUGGAACCUGGAUGGAGUGGUAACGACAUCCAUAACCAGAUAACAUGCCAGAACCUUGAGAAACGUCUAGAAGAGUUGUUUGCCAGUUCUAAUAUUCUACACUACACUGCUACCUUGCCUGACUUCCACAAUGAACACACGUUGAGUCUAAUGGUAAGAAUCCUUCACAAGUUUUUCGACUGGUUUAAUCGCCUGCUAAGCUAUUUCAAACAUUAUGAUUUCACGACAUGGUUCAGCAUUGUUAUUGCUCUUCUCUCUGUCUUUUUUGUCGGAUUGUUGAUGCGUCGGAUGCUUAACACGGAAAUGGAAAAAGUGAUGCAGCAACAGCCCAAAAUAAGGCCUAGACCACUGUACAUCAAAAACAAGAGACUGGCUUUAAAAAGCCCCGACAACACUAUGGUUCUUUAUGAACUCUGUCCCGAGACCUACGACAUGCUUGUCAAAGAUACUGAUCCAGGUUUCACCAUACUUGUACUUCUGGCAGAUGAUGACAAGGAAGAUAUAUUGAAUUCCUUCCGGAAGCUAAUGAGAGAAUAUUCUCAUUCCAACGUGCUGACUUUCUCUUAUUUAGAUCUCGACCAAUAUUUAGCAUGGUACCGACACUUACUUGAAGAAAGCAUUGACAACCGAGUUCAACUUUGUAACAUUAACAUUCGCAACUGCAUCGGCACGGUGUUGGCCAUUAACGGUUACCGCCAGUACUAUUACAUCUACCAUGCAAAGAGCACAUCCAGAGGCUUACAACAGCUGCAUGGCACCGCCACAGAAUCGGAAAGCGAGAAAGAACAUAAUGAAUUAAUUGUUAAACCACUUCUAGAAGGUGGACCUCUGCAAGGUUUGGAUCGUUGGCUUUUGAAGUUAUUUGAUAGUAAACUACGCAAGAUCCAUGUCUCUUUUUGGCCUGACUUUGAUUCAUAAUCCAACCAUGAAAAAACAUUUUCUUCCAUAACUAGUCAUAAUCCAUGCUUAACAAAGAAGAAUCCUGUUCCUCUGAUCCGAAGCUCCGAAACACGCAUAAGUUGGAUUGCCUUCUUGGAUGUCAAAAUUUUUAUCUCACAAAAGUAUUCUCUUUAACUUGUAUAUUGUUGAUAACCGAAUCUCAUUCACCUUUUAUAUGUGUGUGUGCAUGUCUAUAUAUGUAUACAUAAUGUGAACAGUUGUAUUUACAAAUGGGGGUAGGUACUCAAUACAUGAAGGAGAGUAUGUGUAUUUUAACGGAUGCUGGAAUUUCUUAAAUUGUAACUCUGAGUUUUAAGUUUCUGAUUGUUCGAAUGAUUCAAAAACUCAACGUUACAAAUCAAGGAGCUUCAGUUUCUAAUAAUAUAUACAUGUGU